AUGGCGGAUGCAGCUCCGGUGCAGGACGCCGACGUCAAGUACGAGGUGGUCGGCGGCGCGGACGUCGGCGGGGCUCCGGUGCGGGAGGGGCGGAGCCUGACCUCCAAGCCGCUGGGGAAGCUCGGGGUCGGCGCCGUGGUGAGCGUGGCCGAGAGGGCCGGCGAGCGCCUUCGGUUCCAGAAGCUGCGCGGCCACGGCCCGGCCGCGGGGUGGGUCAGCGCGCGGCUGCUGGCCAGGGCCCCGCGGGCACGGGAGGCUGAGCCGGGCUACCUGGGCUCCAGCCUGCUGGCCAAUGCCGAGGCCGCCGUGGAGGAGCGCGGCGCCGAGCGGGCCGCGGCGGACGCCGCGGCCGCUGGGCAGGAUGGUGCCGCUUUGGUGGCCGCUGCUGUUGCGCAGCUGACAUUGGGCAGGGCGCGGCUCUUGAACGGCACAGCAGGGCGCAGUGCCUGCCACGAGUGUCACGCUUGCGACGUCGCGACGGCCAUGGGGCACCCGCUCCUGAGAGCGCGCCAGUUGGACGGGAGGCCCCCGGGCAGGACCAGCGAGGCUCUGGCGACCGCCGCCCGGGCGAAGGCGGGCCUCUCCGGCGACAGGGACGGGCUGGCCUCCUGCGCGCUGCUGGUGGCCGCCGCCCGCCUCGCCGCCGGGGACGGCGCCGGGGCGCUGGCCGCGGCCUCGGAGGCGUCGGGGCUCUUCGAGGAGCUCGGCGACCGGCAGAUGGUGGCCUCGGCCCUGACCAGCUGCGCGAACGCGCGCCUGCUGCUGCGGGACGCCCCGGCGGCGCAGCGGGCCGCCCGCGACGCGCUGGCCGCCUUCCGGGCGCUGGGCGACGCGCCGGGCGCCGCCGCCGCGCGGAGCACCCUGGCGGACGCCUACGCCACCAGCCAGGGGCCCGAUCAGGUGGCGAGGGCCCUGCUGACGGACGACCUGGCGCACCAUCGCGCCAGGGGCGACAAAAAGGGCGAGGCCGCCGUGCUGCUGGCGCAGGCGCGGGGCGCGCUGGCCCCCGGCGUGGGACGCGGCGCGGCCCGGGAGGCGGUCGCGCGUGCUCGGCGGGCUGCGAGGCUCCUGGAGGAGGUUGGCGACCGAGCUGGCGCCGCCUCCGCGCUGGAGGCGGCAGCCAGCGGCCUGCUGAUGCAGGGGGACGCGGCCGAGGAGGCGCUGGCUGUCGCGCAGGAGGCCCUGGCGGCCUCCAGGAGCGCGGGUAACAGGGAGUGCCAGGUGGGCGUGCUCAGCACCCUCUCGAGCGUGCACCUGGCCAGAGGCCAGCCCGACGAGGCCAGGUCGAACGCGGAGGCCUGCCAGCGGCUGUGCCGGGAGCUGGGGGACAAGCGCUCGGAGGCCAGGGCGUUGGUUGCCGCCGCGUCUGCCAGCCUGGCCGCCGGGGAUGCUGCGGCCGCCCUGGAGCAGGCGGGCGAGGCGGCCUCCGCCUGCCGGCGCGAGGGCGACGGGGCGGGCGAGGCCCGGGCGCGCCACGCCGCCGCCCAGGCGCUGGCGUCGUCGCGGCGCCCCGCCGCGGCCGCGGAGGCCGCGAGGGAGGCCGCGGGGCUCUUCCGGCGCGCGGGGGACGCGCACGGCGAGGCCAGCGCGCUUGUGGCGCUGGCCUCCCUGCUGCUCGGCGGCCCCGGCGGGGCCGCGGAGGCGGUGCGGUGCGCCGAGAGGGGGCGGCAGCUGUUCCUCGUGCUGGGCGACGCCCCCAGCCAGGCGCGGGCGGCACUCUUGGCCGCGCAAGCGCUGCUGCUGGCCGGCGACGCGGGCGGGGCGGCCAGCGGCGCGAUGCAGGCGGUGGUGCUGGCGCGCGACGCGGACGAUCGGCCGGGCGAGGCGCAGGCGCUGUACACGGCUGCCCGCGCCGCCGUGGCGCUUGGCCGGCAUGCGGAUGCGAUGCGGAUAGCGCACGAGGUCGAGGCGUUGUUCAGAGCUCUCGGCUGCAGUGACUCCGAGGAGGUCGCCGCGGGCUUGCGGAGGAGCAUCCAGCGGACCUUGCAGGCAAAGGUGCCGAGCCCCACGAUGCGGUUGCGGCCUGCGGGCGGUAGCCCCGCCGGGCUGCGGUCGUUGGUGCAGGACAGCCCGAACUGCAUCGUCUGGGCUCCGGCGAUCAGCCAGCAGACCUACCUCAUGUAUUGCCUGGAGUUGCUGCAGCUGGUGGAGGAGCUGAAGGGCGCGCCCGCGAAGGCGCAGCUGCUUUGCGCUGCCCAGGGCGUGCACUCGCGCCUCACAGGGGAGCCGGUGCCGACGAGGUUGGAGGGCGUGUACGGCAUGAGCAUGUGGGCCGUGGUGCGGACGAUCCGGCUGGAGUCCCCGCGCCUCCAGAUCACAUGCUGCGACCUGCCCGCCGCCGCCACGGCGUGCGAGGUCGCGGAGUGUUUGCGCUGCGCUAUGUCGGACGCGGGGGCCCGGGGCGAGGUCUCGUACAUCGUGGAUCGCCAGCGGACGCUCACAUAGCCCUCGCC